AAAAGGAAAUCGGUUUUUCCCUUUCUCACGCACGCCCUCUCUCUCGUUCAUCAUCUCUCUCUCACGCACGCAACGCCACGGCUAGAACCGACCAGUCGGCAGCCAGGUUCUGUCGAUCCCGGCCGCCUCCCGUCCAGCCGUUGUUCGCCACCGGUAAGCGAACUCCCCGUUCUCUCUCUCUCACUUUCUCGAUAGCUAACAGCCGCAGAACUCAGCGCCGCCUUCCAGUGUUCACCCACUCCGCACCGUCGUUCCGUGACCCUUGGACGACCAGUCACUCGCCGCUCCGACCACCGGCUUCCUUCGCGCGCGCCGUCCGUAGGUUUUCUUACAGGCAACAAUGGCGGGAGGCAAGAUGAAAAAGGAGAAGCCAAAAGCAGCGGCGAAGGCUGCAGCACCGUAUCAGGGAGGGAUUUCGUUCCACAAAUCCAAAGGUCAGCAUAUUCUUAAGAAUCCCUUGCUGGUCGACUCUAUAAUUCAAAAAUCUGGAAUUAAGAGCACGGAUGUGAUCCUCGAGAUCGGUCCCGGUACUGGUAAUCUCACCAAGAAGCUUCUAGAAUGUGGUAAGAUGGUUAUUGCUGUCGAACUCGAUCCUCGUAUGGUUCUUGAGUUGCAGAGGCGGUUUCAGGACACUCCCUAUUCUUCUCGCUUGAAGGUUAUUCAAGGAGAUGUACUCAAGACUGAGCUUCCCUAUUUUGAUAUAUGUGUGGCAAAUAUUCCUUAUCAAAUAUCAUCACCUCUAACAUUCAAAUUGCUAAAUCAUCAACCUUCUUUUCGGUGUGCCAUCAUAAUGUUCCAGAGGGAAUUUGCAAUGAGGUUAGUUGCUCAACCUGGGGAUAAACUUUACUGCCGUUUGACUGUAAACACCCAACUCUUAGCUCGAGUGUCUCACCUCCUCAAAGUUGGAAAGAACAACUUUCGUCCUCCGCCUAAGGUGGACUCGUCUGUAGUCCGAAUCGAGCCAAGGAAACCACGUAUUGAGGUGAAGCAGAAGGAGUGGGAUGGAUUUCUGAGGAUCUGUUUCAAUAGAAAGAACAAAACUCUUGGUUCAAUUUUUAGGCAGAAGAGUGUUCUUUCUUUGCUAGAGAAGAACUAUAAAACAUUGUGUUCACUUAAUAUCCUUCAGCAAAGUUCUGUAGGUAAUGAUGAUGAUGGUGUAUUUGAUUAUUCGAGAUUUGGCAAUUCAAAUGAGGAUCAAACCAUGGAAGUAGAUGACGAUGGAGAUGACGAGGAGAUGGAUAUGGAGGAUGGUGAUGUUGAAGAAGGGGAAGCUUCUGAAUUUAAGGGUAAAGUCAUGGGUGUUUUAAAGGAGGGAGAUUUUGAAGAAAAGAGGUCUUCUAAACUCACUUUACAGGAGUUUUUAUACCUACUCUCUUUGUUCAACAAAGCUGGUAUACAUUUUUCUUGAUUUUGUUAUGUAUUUCCCCCAAUAUUCAAUUUUGUUUCUCCCCUUCUGUGUUCUAGGACUCCUUUCUUUCCCCCCUAAAGUAGUAAAGUUAUACCCAAAUUUUGUUGCUCUUUAUUUUCUAGCUUCUCCAAGACUGACAAUUGAAAUGUCAUUCUUAUUCUUAUCUUUUUGUUGUAUUGUACUAAUUGAAGUUUGUAUUAUUUUAUGAUCCAAAUC